ACCGGUUCUGGCUAGUAGGCGGGACGUUCAGUCGACUGUAGUUCCGUCAUCUCGCUCGUCUCCGAGGCUACGGGGGGCCAAUGUUGAUUUGGGUGAAUUCCCGUCGUCGUCGGACCCCGCCGAGGUUUAAUUUUUAAAAGCUGGGUUUGGUAACAAAAAGUGGCGGCUCUUGGGCUGAGAAUAUCGCGUCCCCGCCUCUGGUGUCGUUUUUCUUUAGGCUGGGGAGAGGUGGGGAGCCGGGGGGGCUCGUUCGGCGGGGGCUGCAAGGAGGGACAGGCGAAGACUGGAUCCUCCGUGUUCAGGCCAUCUGCGCCGAGCUCGGCCUUACGGUCCAGUGAAGCCCCAACGACCGAGAUACCUCAAAGGUAUCCUCCCCGUGGAUUUGAACUAUAUAUCAAUUGCCGGUUGCUGAUGACUGAGGAGUGAGUGAGCCCGCUUUACCAUCUCGUCUCGCCCUGGCACCGCAUCAGCAGCUGCCAGGCUAUUAAAGACCAAGACCUCGGAGUUAACGCUUGGUGCUUUUGGAUUUAGAAAAUACCGAACAGACCUAAUCGAGAUUAGAUCGGCUUGAGAAGGCUGCAGGGCGGCCAAAAAGCCACGGAUCGCCCGUUGACAGGUUGUCAUCAUGGGCAACGCGCCCACGGCCAGGAAGGGCAGCGAGAUGGAAAGCGUCAAGGAAUUCCUUGCUAAAGCCAAAGAGGACUUCCUCAAAAAGUGGGAGAAUCCUGCACAGAACACUGCUUGCCUGGAGCAGUUUGAGAGGUUGAAAACCCUGGGCACGGGCUCAUUUGGUCGUGUUAUGCUGGUGAAGCACAGAGAAACGGGACAACAUUAUGCGAUGAAGAUCCUCAACAAGCAGAAGGUGGUCAAGCUCAAGCAGAUAGAGCACACUCUAAAUGAGAAGAGGAUUCUUCAGGCUGUCAGCUUCCCUUUUCUGGUGCGGUUAGAGUACUCAUUCAAGGACAACACUAACCUCUACAUGGUGAUGGAGUAUGUGCCAGGUGGCGAGAUGUUUUCCCAUCUACGGAGAAUUGGCAGAUUUAGUGAGCCUCACGCUCGGUUUUACGCUGCUCAAAUCGUUCUGACCUUUGAGUAUCUCCAUGCUUUGGACCUGAUCUACAGAGACCUGAAACCUGAAAACCUGCUCAUAGACCAACAGGGCUACAUACAGGUUACAGAUUUUGGCUUUGCCAAACGUGUGAAGGGCCGGACCUGGACACUGUGUGGCACCCCAGAAUAUCUGGCUCCAGAGAUCAUUCUCAGCAAGGGGUAUAACAAAGCAGUAGACUGGUGGGCAUUGGGUGUACUUGUCUACGAGAUGGCAGCAGGGUACCCGCCUUUCUUUGCUGAUCAGCCCAUUCAGAUCUAUGAAAAGAUUGUUUCAGGGAAGGUUCGUUUCCCGUCUCACUUCAGUUCAGACCUGAAAGACCUCCUAAGGAACCUGUUACAGGUGGAUCUCACAAAACGUUAUGGAAACCUCAAAAAUGGGGUCAAUGAUAUCAAGGGACACAAGUGGUUUGCAACAACUGACUGGAUUGCCAUUUACCAGAAAAAGGUGGAAGCUCCCUUCAUCCCCAAGUUCAAAGGACCAGGCGACACCAGCAACUUCGACGACUACGAGGAGGAGGAGAUUCGCGUCUCCUUCACUGAGAAAUGUGCCAAGGAGUUUGCUGAGUUCUAGAGUUAGAGAGCAAGAGAGGAAGAAAGAAGGAAAUAGGGAGAGUCAAAGGUAGGCUGGUCAAGUGGGAGACAUAAGGAGAAAGUACUGUCUCCUGUCCAAUCACAAGCACCAGCUACAAAGAGGAAAAAUCGGAAAGGGAAGGAAAAAAGAGCAAGGAGACUGAUAACCAGCAGUGUUGCCUUUUCUGUUGUGUUUUUGUUGUGUUUUAUUUAUUAUUCUGUCUUAUUUAUGGAUCCCUUUAUAAUGAAGGUGUGCUUCAUGGGUGUUGAGAAUCCAACUAAUUUGGAGUUGCCUCUACACAUUUUCACCCGAGAUCUUCCCUUUUCCUUUUCCUUUUUUUAAAUCCAUCUUUUAGUCAUAUUCACACCGCAGCAAAGAGAAAUCAGUCUGUCUGUGCUGAUCUAGUCCAGCCUCUUAGUCAUUACAUGAAGACUAAUGAGUUUUGUGCAAGUUUAGGUCUCAGUCUGGACAAAAGUUUCUUAAAUUUUAACCGACAACUGGCUAACAUGCUCUUUGUUUUUUGUUUUUUAAGCAGGAAGGGCAUGUAAGUAGCAGGUUUAAUAGGUCUUGCACACAUAUGUACUUUCAGCUUGGAUGACUUUACAUUUUGCAGUUUUAUCUCAAUUUUUCCUUCAGAAUUUAAACUUUUACCCUUUCAUAUCAUAGACACACGACAUAACUUAAGGCUUGGUGGGCCAACAAAAAAAAACAAAAAAAAUGAAUGCAUUGUGUGUGCAAAAUAAAUUUCAUCGAGAGACAGAUGAUGUUUUAAGGGGAAAAAAAGUCAGUUACGUUUACUGUGUAACUAUCCAUCUACCGUUCUUAUCAUUGUUAGAAUUAGUGCAUAUCUACGGUACUCCAUUUUAAAUGUUAUUAGAUACUAGUGGCUCCAAUGAUAUCAUGUCACGCUAACAAACAAGGAAAUACGAGUAAGGGGAUGGAAUUAACUCAGUUUUUAAGGGUGUUUUAAAGAAACACUGUAACGUAAUGGUAUCUCAGGUUUGAACAUAUCACUUAAUAGACAUUUUAUUAACAUACAGUGUUAGGAUCAGCAGGUAAAUCUGUGAUAUGGAUUUGGGAAUUUAAAGUUCUGGUUCAAAUUAAGAGAAACAAAAGGGAAUAUUCAGACUUUUGGUUAGCGUCUUCCACAGUUUGCCCUUCCAGAAGAUUUGAUUUUGCUAACUGACUCGACAACUUUGUUUUCAUGAAAGCACUUCCUGUCUCGGCUCAGAGUUUACGUAAUGGCCACAGUGAUUCUGCUUACUGAAUCAAGCCUUUGGCCCUUGAUUACUCCAACUGAAAGAGACCGCUUGAGGCAAACUACCUUGAACUGCUUCCGGCUGGUGGCCUUCAGAGCAUUUUGACCAGUCACUGAUGGCAGUUUGGAUAGUGCGCUUUUAUGGUCUUCAAUGGAAAUAUGUAUUCAUGUUCACCUCAUCUUAUUACCCAUCCCUUUCUUCUUAUCACUUGUAAAGUAGGACCACACUCUAUGUGACAGUCUUAUAUGUGACAGCAGCUCUGUUACUGUUUAUGUGUUUUAAACAUGCACAGUUUUUGUUUCGUUUUGUUUUUUGUGUGUUGGUGAUGAUGUAAAGAUGACUGGCACUCCAUUUAACAAGUUAGUGAAAGCUAGAGCUUCUGGCGGUGAAUUGAGCUAAUACCGAGAAGAGAGAAAAAUAAUCAUAGCGCAUGGUAUACAACCUGCUGAUUUGAAGAAUACAACAAAUAGCACUUUUGGUAUUCAGUGUCUCCUUGGCUCCUGAGCUAUGGUCACAGAAUAUUUCAGCAAUGGCCAGAGAGGGUUGUUACUGUAGGAUUUGUUCAUUCACAAUUUAUGAGAUAAAACAAAGUGACACUGAUGUUCGUUUCAGACAUCAAAAUGCCUUCUUUAUUGCUGUAAUUUAAUGUGCCACAAUAAUGAUGGUUUCCUAAUUUGAUUUAUACAGGCGCUUUGGUUUUUCUCCCAUCGUUAUAAACUGGAUAAUAUAAAUUCACAUACUUCCCUCGAGUCUGAAACAGUUCAGAUAGCAAAAACAUAUAUAUAUACAUAUAUAUAUAUAUAUCAAGCAUUUUCUCCAGGAUACACAUUUGUUAUGUGUAAUGGUUUGUGUCUAUCAUUUGUAAUAUGGAACAAUAGCCCCCACAGCUAAUUGUCCACUUGCCAUAUUUACUUAUUUAUUCUAUCAACACUCUUUUCCCACUCUGUGCGUGACCCCAGAUUUACAGUGUGGUAAUUUGUUUAAAAAAAAGAUCAAUUUGAGAAUGUGCAUCACAGAAGCACAGUGUCAGCUGAAGGUCUUAAAGGACCACUCCGGUGAUUCAGCUUUACUGUUUAGUAAACUUGCAUCAGAGGCUGCGUUAUCUUAUUAGUGCCUUGCAUGGGUCAAGCUCCAAAAAACAAAGUCCUACAUCUCCCACAUCCUUUAAAUUCUGCAUAAAUGUACAGUUUGUAACGCAGGCUGUUUGUGACUCUGCAAGGCCUGUCAGAAUUACACGGGUGAUGUGGUGUAUUUAAUUUCCUUUUAUUAGUUUAUUUAACAGAGAGAAAGAGAUAUCAACUGAAACAGGAGACAGCAUUUCAGAAUAAAUGGACUAGGACAAUAAUGCUGGGUCACUUUUAAGGCUACUGGAUAUUGUGCUUGUGUGUGGCAUAGUCCCAAAAGUAAAGUUAAAUGACCACAAACCAACUGCCACAGUAAACCUGGGGCUUCACAGAGAAAUGAGUCACUUACAAGGCAACUAACAUGGAUCCGACAUGUCUCUCCUGUAUUAAUGUUUCCCCUUCUUUUUCACUGAGGCAGAUUAACCAGCUGAAAAACUCCAGAUUUUAUCAAUGAAUCUGACGCCAAAAUCAUAGUGGCAGAUAAAUGGUGGAAAGAGCUGCAAGCUGUAAGCCUAGUUGUAGUCAUCAGCUGGCUUAUUGGUUAAUUUAAAAACCAUUAUUAUUAUUAUUAAUAAACUGUUUACAUCACUUGUUGAGGUUUCACAUUCGCUGUAUUUCCUCCAUGUCAGGUUUAAUGUUGAAUAUAUCAUCAUGGACAAAAUGUUUGAAGUUAUAAUACAAUAUUAUUAUGUGUCUCCUCGAUGUUUUUGCAGUGAUACAACUUCCUCUCCAUGCAGGCACAAUGCUGGUACAUACUGUCGCACUUUUUAGGGAAAUGAGACCCCAAUAUAAACCAUAUUAACCCCCGCCACAGACAUACUAUACACACACACACACAUACACACACUGCAAAGGGAAGCGUCUAAAGUCACGGAAACGGUGACAUAAAAAUACGAAGUGUAAUAUUUUGCAACAUGAGUAUCAUUCCAAUAAAGUUUUACUUGUAAAAUUC